GUGCGCGGGAGCCGUUCAACCCGCCACUACUUCCGCAUCACGUGACCUUUGCCUCCAGCUGGACUCUUUGCUCAAAUCAACACGGCGGUAACAAUGAGAACUAUUCCCGAAGAACUAACUUUGCUCAUUUCAGACCUUGAGACUUUCCUCUGUGAUGGCCUGAAAGGGGAAAAUCUGAGCAAGAAGGCGAAAGAUAAGAAAGAAGCAUUCAUUAAACGGAUUAAAGAGGUCAAAUUAGGCUUUCCACAUGAUUUCAAGGAAAAGAGUGGAGAGGACUCAGGUGAAGAUGAGGAGGAGGCGGACAGCAGCAACGACGCAGGCUCGCUGCAGUCCGAGCGCACCGACAGGGAGGAGGACACCUAUGAGGGGUCGCAGCAGUCACCACCAAUGGCGGCCCAAGACCUGCAGUCGAUUCUCAUGUCGGGGUACCUGGAGAAACGCAGGAAGGAUCACAGUUUUUUCGGCCAGGAGUGGCAGAAGAGAUGGUGCGCUCUUAGCUAUCGCACCUUCUACUAUUACGGCAACGAGAAAGACAAGCAGCAGAAAGGCGAGUUCAGCAUCGAUGGCUACACUGUCAAAAUGAACACCAGCUUACGGAAAGAUUCCAAGAAGGACUUUUGUUUUGAAGUCUCGGCCCCUGACAAGCGAGUCUAUCAGUUUUGUGCGGCAUCGGUGAAGGAGGCAAAGGAAUGGGUGAAAUGCGUAGACCUCGUUUUGAAAGAUAAGUCUGGUAUCAUCCAAGAAGAAGAAGAGGACGAAGAGGUACAGGAGGAGGAACAGCAAACGUAUGACGAUGUGGGACUUGCACCAGAUACAGACAUUUAUGAAGUGCUCCCAGAAACAAGCAGCGACUUCCAGAACUACUACCAAGGAAUAUGGGACUGUGUCGGGGACCACCCAGAUGAACUCUCCUUCAAGCGCGGAGACACCAUUUAUAUAUUGAGCAAGGAAUACCAAAGCUAUGGUUGGUGGGUUGGAGAGAAAAAUGGAAAUAUUGGAAUUGUGCCCAGAGACUACCUGCUGGAACUCUAUGCUUUAUAAAUACAAGCCUGUGAGUGGAUCAUACUGGUAAUCAUUUUGCUUAGUUCAUUAAAAUAGACUGGCAUGCACUUCCAUAGCCCCUGAGAUCUACAACUAUUUGACUGAAUUGUUUUCCUGAAUAUUCCACAUUUUCUUUCAUCAAAUGUAUUCUCCACGGGUGCUUAGGCAGUGGCGUAAAUUUAUUUUUAGGGCCCCAAAGUGUUUUAAUAUUAUAAUUAAUAUAAUAAUUUUCAUGUUUUCACAUUAUCAAAUGACAUUUUUAUAUCUGAACAUUUCACACUGUUAAUACUCUUACAUUUGUACUUGUCUGCAGCCUUCGUUUCCCUAAAAGAAAAAAAAGUCUAAUUUGUAGCUGUUUUAUUCUUUUUUUUUUUUUUUUUUGUACAUUGAAUUGUCCCGUCCAUUUAAAAACAUACUUUACAUGUGUUCAAAUUCAGUUGUUGACCUUUAUCUUUGCUGUUCGUAACUUCUCAUUCCACUAAGUCGCAGGGGCCAUUCAAGUUAGGUAAAACGUUUUAACCCUAUAAUUAUACCACAAGGUGGCAACAGAGACCCUAUGAAGGUUAUAGAUCUAACCGAGCCGUAACCUUUGCCCUUUUGAGUGUCAUAGCUGGACACAGACCGUCAAUAUGAGACGCUCUCAGUCACUUUUCCGAUAAAUACAUAUGUAUCUAUUUGUAAUAAAAUGAUUCAUUGAUUCAGUCAGCACUUUUGCUGCGUACUUCAAA